AACACAGGCCACGGUUUGGAUAGCAACCGAUGUCAUCAGUCGCCGCCCUGCAUCGCCCCGAGCGAGUAUUAUCUUGCUAGAAAACAAGAAAUCCUCAGGGCUGAUGGCGUUCAGGAAGGCCCUGAAACGGACAGCGAUCAUUGGCGGCGGGGCGGUCGCCACAGUUUUUGGCCUGUCACAGCUGAUCGAGUACAGGAAGACCCAGCAUGGAUUGGCUCGGUUAGCCCAUGUGGCAGCAGAAGCAGAGCUGAAGGUUCCCUAUGCGGACGAGCUUCCCUCUCGGCAGGCCCAGCUCACGGCGCUGCAGAACACUGAGGAGUUUGACGUUCUGGUCGUCGGAGGGGGGGCCACGGGUGUAGGAUGUGCCUUAGACGCUGUCACACGCAACCUCAAGACUGCUCUUGUAGAGAGAAGCGAUUUCUCUUCAGGGACAAGCAGUCGGAGUACCAAGCUACUUCACGGUGGAGUCCGCUAUCUCCAGAAGGCCAUCAUGCAGUUAGACUAUGAUCAGUACAUGAUGGUGAAAGAGGCCCUCCACGAGCGAGCCAACCUCCUGGAGAUUGCACCUCACCUAUCUGCGCCGCUACCCAUCAUGCUCCCUGUUUACAAAUGGUGGCAGUUACCUUACUACUGGGCAGGGAUCAAGAUGUACGACCUGGUGGCUGGGAUCCAGUGCCUGAAGAGCAGCUACGUCCUCAGUAAGAGCAAGGCCUUGGAGCUUUUCCCCAUGCUGAAGAAGGACAAGCUGGUGGGAGCCAUCGUCUACUAUGAUGGGCAGCACAAUGACGCCCGUAUGAAUCUGGCUAUCGGCCUCACUGCCGCCCGCUACGGUGCCGCCAUGGCCAACUACACCGAGGUGGUCCACCUGCUGAAAACUAAAGACCCACAAACCGGCAAGGAGAAGGUGUGUGGUGCCCACUGCAGGGACGUCAUCACAGGACAGGAAUUUGACGUGAAGGCCAAGUGUGUGAUCAACGCCACCGGACCGUUCACAGACUCACUGAGGAAGAUGGACAACCAGGAGACCAAAAACAUCUGCCAGCCCAGCGCUGGUGUUCACAUCGUCAUCCCCGGUUACUACAGCCCUGACAACAUGGGUCUGCUCGAUCCGGCGACAAGCGACGGACGUGUCAUCUUCUUCCUGCCCUGGGAGAAGAUGACCAUCGCCGGGACAACCGACACUCCCACCAACGUGACGGCCCAUCCAAUCCCGGGGGAGGACGACAUCAACUUCAUCCUGAGUGAGGUCCGCAACUACCUUAGCCCCGAUGUAGAAGUGCGCCGAGGAGAUGUUUUGGCAGCGUGGAGUGGCAUCCGUCCUCUGGUCACUGACCCUGACUCCAAAGACACUCAGUCCAUCUGCAGAAACCACAUCGUCAGCAUCAGCGACAGCGGACUGGUCACCAUCGCUGGUGGGAAGUGGACCACCUACAGGUCCAUGGCUGAGGAGACUCUGGACGCAGCGAUCAAAGCCCACAGCCUCUCAGCCGGACCCUGUAAGACUGCGGGUCUGAUGUUGGAGGGAGGCAAGGGCUGGACGCCAACCCUCUAUAUCCGCCUGGUGCAGGACUAUGGACUGGAGAAUGAGGUUGCUCAGCACCUUGCCUCAACGUACGGAGGAAAGGCGUUUGACGUGGCCAAGAUGGCUCAGGUCACUGGGCAAAGAUGGCCAAUCGUGGGGAAAAGAUUGGUGUCUGAAUUCCCUUACAUUGAGAGCGAGGUGCUGUAUGCCAUUAAGGAGUACGCCUGCACAGCCAUUGACGUUAUUGCCCGACGAACACGCUUAGGCUUCCUGAACGUGCAGGCGGCUGAUGAAGCCCUCCCCCGCAUCGUGCAGAUCAUGGGCAAAGAACUUGACUGGAGUCAGGACCGGAAGAUGGCGGAGCUUGAAGCAGCUAGGAAGUUUCUGUACCACGAGAUGGGAUACAGGUCUCGUUCUGAGCAGCUGACCAAGACGUCUGAGAUCAACCUGGACUACCAGGAAGUAGUCAGAUACAAGAAACGUUUCCAUAAGUUUGACAGUGAGAACAAAGGAUUCAUCACCACAGUUGACGUCCAGCAAGUUUUGGAAAGCAUCAAUGUCCACAUUGAUGAAAAUGCUCUCCAUGAAAUCCUUAAUGAGGUGGACCUCAACAAGAACGGACAAGUUGAAAUUGAUGAAUUCCUGCAGCUGAUGAGCGCGGUGAAGAAGGGACAAGUGUCAGACAGUCGUCUGGCCAUUCUGAUGAAAUCUGCGGAGGAAACUCUUGAUAUGAGAGGGCCGGUGACGGUGGACCGCAGCGGGGGUGGAGUCUGAGACGAGCAGGACUUCAUGGCCGCCAAAAAAGCCUUCAGCUACCGGUCCGUUUUUAAAGGUGGUGAUGACAGAAAAAACGAACGUGUCUCAAUGCAAAUGGCGCUAUUUGAAUGACAAUAACGCAAUCAAGCAUGCGGCUGGAUGAAUUUAGCCAAAUCAAGUGUAGACCAGCAUCACUCCUGAGUGUUUUGGGUGAAAUAGUAUCUAAUGAUUGAGACUGAGAUUCGUUUUUCAUGAAGUCACAGUAAAUCUGUCUGUUUGUCUGCCUUUUGAUUGCUUCUAAUCAUCAGGUGCCUCUGUAUUACACAGCACACAAUGUUCACAAUUGAUCUGUUUUAUAGUGUCUUUUUAACAAACCCUUUGAUACUUUAAUCAUUACAUUAGCUUUGCAGUUUCUCCAACUCUCCUUUUAAAACUUAGUUCAUUUUUAACAUAAUCGACAGCGAUUGUUGAGGAAACAAAGUCCUCUAUGCGAGGCAGCUUUUUCAGGUAGAAACUGAGCAUUUGGUAAUGCUUUAUUUCACAGGUGCAUUAUAUCCUAAUAAUACCCUAAACGUUUUCUGGAAAGAACUUUGUAACCUGGAAAAAAGAGACGGCGUUCACAAAACCUAGAGAGUCUUUCAGGCCCCGUUAGCUAGUAAUGAUGGAUCUUAAAUGCUGAGAGUGUUUUCUACAGACACUCUUAAUUUUUACACACUUUCCUCCAAAGAGCACAUGCUUGGUGUUAAGAGCUUGUUUGAUUGAAAUAAAUGAGUUUUAAAAGUAUGCUUAACGUACCUUUUAUCAGUUAGCUGCUGCGUGAGGCAGAUGUAACUGUAAAGCACAAAUAUAACCUUUUGCAAGAUUCAUAAAUAAGUACUUUCAGCCAGAAGAGAUUAAUAUAUUAAGCUGUAGGUUAACAGUUCACUGUGUAAGAUUUAGUGGCAUGUAGUGGUGAGGUUGCAAAUUGCAACUGUCUGUCCAGUCUACCACUGCCACCUACCCUUUCAAAGAGCAUAGGACAGCUACGGUGGCUGACACAGCACUAAAGGUGU